UUUGUCAGUGGUGGGGCCACCUUUAUUCUCCUGUUCUCAUACCGGAGUCUGAAGGAAUCUGAGCUAAACGCUGAGGUCACGCACACACUGCAGAGGAUCAUGAAAGCCUUCCUGAUCAUAGCUGUCAUCACCAUGACUCUCGGGUCCCUGGCUGCUCGGGACCAGGAACGGGAAAAGCGAAGCUUGAGCAGUGAAAGUGAUGAACGGUUGGCGCGGUUUUAUGGGAACCGUUACUGGUAUCCAUUUGGCCCCUACGCGCCCUACCCACCUUUUGCCUACCCCAGAUAUCCAUGGCCAUGGAAUUAUUUCAUCCCAUUUCCAGCUCAAGGAGAAGAAAAUCUUUCUAAUAAAAAAUAA